AUGGAGGAAUCGAAAACGGAAAAGUUGGGUGAAAAAAGACGAAAAACCAACGAAAAUAGCCCUAAAUCGAAAGAUGAAACUGGCGACAAAGAAAACUUGGAUCCUGCAACGCUUCUAAAUAAACAGGAAACUAAUACGUUAAAGGGUAAGGAAAACAUGGUCAAUAACUGGUUCAAUAUGACUGAAGAAGAGAGGUAUCAAAGGGACACGUCUUCACUUGAAACACCACCUGGAAGUGAAGACAAGAUAGAAGGUUCCAGAAAGUUCGCGGAAUCGGAAUUAGGUGGAACGGUAUCACGUGAUACGGCGUUAUAG